AUGCCCUCCGAGCAGGAGUGGCGCACCUUCGCGCGCUGGGGCGACCAGUACGGCGGCCUCUCCUCCGCCACCAUCCUCGGCCAGACCCUCGUCAUCGUCAACGACCCCAAGAUCGCCACCGACCUCCUCGACAAGCGCUCGAGCACCUUCUCCGACCGGCCCGUCAUGCAGAUGGGCGGCGAGCUAGUCGGGUGGCGCAAUACACUCGUCCUGCUCCCGUACGGCGACCGCUUCCGCCGUUUUCGUCGCCUUUUCCACCAGUCAAUCGGCACCCGCGCGUCCAUCAAGCAAUUCCACCCGGCAGAGGAGAUUGAGACUCGCCGCUUUCUCCGCCGCGUCCUCGCCCAGCCCGACGCACUCGCCGCGCACAUACGCAAGACCGCCGGCGCGAUUAUCCUCCGCAUCUCCCAUGGAUACGAAGUCCGCGAACACAACGAUCCGCUCGUCGCACUCGCUGACGACGCGACCGAGCAAUUUUCGCAAGCAACGAGCCCCGGUGGCUUCCUUGUCAACACUAUUCCCGCUCUCCGCCAUAUUCCCGAAUGGUUCCCUGGUGCCGGCUUCCAUACUACCGCGCGGCAAUGGGCGGCUACGCUCGCUGAGAUGGUCGAGACUCCGCACAACUUCGUCAAACAGCAGAUGGCCAAAGGCAUCGCGCCUGUGUCUUUCACGUCAAGGCAACUCCAAGAGAAGCAACUGACGGCUGAAGACGAAUUCGACAUCAAGUGGGCAGCCGCGUCGCUCUAUUCCGGUAAGCACCCUGCUAGUACCGUCUCCGCCAUCUACGCUCUCUUCCUCGCGCUCGCUACCCACCCCGCCGCCGCGCGGAGAGCCCAGGCGGAGAUCGAUAGCGUGACCGGCGGGACCCGCCUGCCAACCUUCGAAGACCGCGCCAGCCUACCAUACGUAGACGCGCUCGCCGCGGAGGUCUUCAGGUGGCAUACGGUAGUGGUGCCAGUCCCGCACCGCGCGAUGGAGGACGAGGUGUACAACGGGUACUUGAUCCCGAAGGGCGCGCUGGUGAUGCCGAAUAUCUGGAAAUUCACACACGACUCGCGCACGUACGCGAACCCCUUCGUCUUCAACCCCGACCGGUACUUUGGCCCGCACGCCGAGCCCGACCCGCGCGCGACGGUCAGCUUUGGGUUCGGCCGGAGGGUCUGCCCGGGCUCGAACCUCGCCGACGCGUCGGUCUUCAUUGCGGCGGCGAUGUCGCUCGCGGUGUUCGACGUGUCGCCCGCUGGGGAUGAUAUGCCGGUGCUGGAGGAGACGACGGGGACGAUAAGUCACCCGAAGCCCUACCGCUGCACGAUACGCCCGCGGAGCGAGCAGGCCGUUGCACUCAUCCAGGGCGAGCCAUGA